AUGGCUGGCUACGUUGUAUGGCCCUUCUUUGGGCUUUUGUUGUAUUUCCUGCUGCGCAGGAAGACCGACCCUCGCCUCAAGCACAUCCCCGUGGUUCGAUACCGUGGCUACUUACCUGAUAUUUUCAACAGAUUCAUUUUCUAUCCAAGGGCUUCAUCGAUAAUUUAUCGGGGGUACAAAGAAUACAAAGGUGGCCCAUUCCGUUUACUCACGGGUGAUGGCGAACUCGUCGUUUUGCCAGUCAAAUACCUGGCUGAGCUUCGACAUCUUCCACCAGCGGUGAUCAGCUCUCUGGAUGCUCAGUACGAGAACGCCCUGGGAGACUAUACCAAUAUCAUAAUCAACAGUUAUCUUCCCUCCAUGACAGUUCGAAAACGGUUGACUCCAAACCUCGCACGAGUGGUCCCAUGGGUAAUAGAUGAACUUCGCUAUGCCUUCGAUGCUGCCAUCCCAGAAUGCCAAGGUAAAGCCAACCAACCGGUGAUAUAUCGCCAAGGGCCUAUCAAGCUUGCGCCGCAUGCUAAUUAUUUUCUUUUCCAAAAAGACCACUGGACACCCAUAGACCCCCACAAAGUAUUCGUGAACCUUAUCACCCGCGCCACAUCCCGCGUUCUAGCAGGCGACUCACUCCGCCGCAACGAACAAUGGCUCACCACAGCAAGCCAAUACUCUGUCAAUGUGGGAGUGACUGUCUUCCUCCUACGUCCAUUCCCGAAUUUCCUCCGACCCAUAGUAGCCACCUUCCUCCCCUCUGUUCGCCAAAUGAAACGCCAGCUCCGCUUCGUGAAGGACCUCUUUAUCCCCAUGAUCAUUGAGCGGCGCAUCACACGCGAAAAAGCCACAGCAGAAAAUGAUCCGGGCUAUGUAGCUCCCGAUGACUUUUUGCAGUGGAUGAUGGACAUGGCAGAGGACGAGCAGGAUCUGGAUCCGGAGCUGUUGGCGCAUCAUAUGCUCUUGCUCAUGAGUCUCGCAGUUGUGCAUACGAGUUCCAUGGCGAUGUGUCACGCACUGUAUGACCUGAUACUGAUGCCGGAAUAUCUUGCUCCGCUACGGGAGGAGAUUAGGGAGACCUUGAUGUCUGGAUGGGAGAAUGCGACGAAGAUGUCGUUUGAUAAUCAACGGCGGCUGGAUAGUUUUUUGAGAGAAUCACAACGGUUCGGACCGCCAGGGGAAUUAUCUUUCCACCGCAUCGUGAAAGAGCCUUUAACCCUAUCAGAUGGCUUGUUCCUCCCCGAAGGAACUCAUAUCUGUUUCCCCGCAGGGCCAAUAAGCAAAGAUCCUGCCUUCGUCACCAAGCCACAUUUGUUCGACGGAUUUCGCUGGUGCCGGGAUUCGAAAGAUCAGCAUGCUCUCUCAACCUCUACAGGCAAAGGAUCCGUCACAGACGAGAAAUUCUUCGAGUCCAGCGAAACAGAAAAGCCAAAAGAGAGCAGGCACACACUCUCGCUGGUUCCAUCAACUUCGACAAGCUUUGUAAGUAUCGGCGCCUCCAGUAUGCACUUUGGGGCUGGUCGGCAGGCUUGUCCAGGUCGGUUCUUUGCAGGAUGUACGAUCAAAGCGAUUUUCAGUAAGAUUCUGAUAGAUUAUGAGUUUAAGUACGAGGACGGAAGGGAUCAGCAGAGACCACCCAAUAUCUGUGUCGGAGAACAUAUCUUGCCGAAUGCUAGUACGCCAGUGCUGUUUCGGAAGAGAGACGUUGGAAUUUAG